AACUACAUGGAUCUACUUGAAUGUUUCGAGAUAUCAAAGAAUUCAAGAUUGUUUUUGUCCCCCAUUUAUCAAUGUUUCGUUAGAUAAAAAUGCUGUAACGUUUUGGUAAAUACCUCGGAUUAGUUUUAUCAGUAUUGAAUCAAUGAAACGUUUUGCAUAGAAAACAAGGAAGUUCUCAAGAUGGCAGCCAUUGCAUUUCUUUUUCUGAUAUUUUCGAUAUUUUGCUUAGAUAAUACAGUAUAUGCUAGUGAAUGUUGCAAGGCUUACACUGACAACUAUGGAGUUCGACAAGAUGAAGAGUGGUGUCCGGAUUAUUGUUGUGAUAAAACGUACAUACUAUAUACUCCAACGACACCAGAUCUAGAAUGCUGCAGUAGUAGUUUUCGUCGGACAGACUCUUACAGACGAACCAGUUCGUGCAGUGCCUGGUGGUCACAACAUGCGUGGGUGCCAGUGCUAAUAUCAAUCGGUUGUAUUGCGGCCAUAACUCUUUGUUGUUUUGGAUGCUUUAAAUUGUGUUCAAACAACAACAACAGAACUGGUAUGAUGAUUCAACAGCCUCAGGCUCCAGCUGUUAUCAUGGUAUCCGGUCAGCACCAGGGUCAACCACAAUAUCCGUCCUCCUCGGUACAAAACCAAGCUGUGUACCCACCAGGUGGCUUCAACCCGGCACCACCGCCGUACGACACGGGCGUACCACCAAAGUCGAACUAUCCGAAUUAAAAAGUUACAUGAACAGGAGCUUUUUUCACGAAAUUGGACAGUGUUGAUUUGCAUAAUUUUAUAAAAAAUAUUUUAUCAUUUAUAUUUUUUUCAGGUGCAUUAAGCCCCCCAAAAAAUAAUUUUAAAAUUUUAAAAGGUUUAUUUUAGCUUUUAGUGUCCUAUUAAGUUUCCGAGUGUUUUCUCAUCGUCCAUAUAGUAGAACCUUUUUUUGGCUUCUUUGGCAAGUAGUACAAUUUAAAUGAUGAGGUAUUUUAUAUGGAAAUUGAAAUAACACUUCGUUUACAUUUUGCUUUGUUAAUGAGCAAUUAUUUCAUAUAAAGCGCUACUCUCUUCCGGAGAUAAACAUAUUAUAUGUUCUAAGUUAGUAAUUAAACAUUAUUCAAUGUAUAAAUAAACACAUGAAUUCACUAGUCGUCCUACAGAGAAAAAGAGAAAGGCACACAAAAAAAACAAGAACAUAAUUAAUUUCUCAGGCUGACUGUGCCUUUAAAUAUUUAUUCUGUUUUCUGAAAAUAAAAUAAUGAAUG